AUGACAGCGACCCAAAUGAGUAUCCCAGGAGUCGGCAGGAUACGAGACAACAUCUUUUUGAGGGUGAGAAAAUGAGAUUUUUUGAAAAUUUGGAGGAUUUUUUUUAAAAAAAAAAAAAGAAAAUUAUUUUUUUUUUUAAUUUUUAUAUAUAAAGAGCGUAAAUUUCUUCAUUUUUCAGAAUGACUAUCAAAUCCGAUCUUCCUCCAAUCCAAACCGGCGAUCUUACGGUAAGUUAAUUUUUCGCACCGUGCGGUCGGAAAAAGUUGUCCGUUGCACCGUGCAAAAGAAUUUUUUAUGGAUUUUAUGCCUUUUACACAAAUUAUAGACAAUUAUAAGUUCCCUGAUUUGUAAAAUACGAAAGUCAUUUAAAAAUUAUAAUGAUUUUUUGGAGUUCAAAAUUUUGCACUGUGCGAUCAAAAAAACUUGUCAUUGCACUGUGCAAAUGACAAAAUUUUUACUGUUGUUGCAAUUGUUAUGAUGUAUUAGGAUUCAGUGAUUGAUAUAAAUGUAAAAUACGACUAUGAUUUUUCUUUUGUCAUGUUUUUUUAAUUAAAUUUUUGUUUUGCACAGUGCAUUUUAAAAAAGAAAGUUUUAUUGCACUGUGCAGAAAAAAUUAAAUUUUUUUGUAAGCUACAGUAAUCCCCAGGCCAUUUUACUUUUCUUAUUUUAAAUUUUAGCCGGUUCCACGGCCCUGUCGUCCUCAAAAUCCGCAAAUGAAUUUCCGCGUUCAUCAAAUAUCGACAAACCUUGCCGUAACACCUACCUCAAGCAGUCAAUCUCGUCAAAUGGGAUUGUAAAUCAACAAGCAAACUCUCCACUCCUCAGAGGUUGGUUUGAAAUAAUUUUUGAAGUUUCUAAAAUACGAAAAUUUUAAGUUCUAAAUCUGGUGCCUAUCUUGGGAAAAAUGUAA